AUGGCGGAUAACACUCUAUCAGUUGAAUCUCGGCUCGAGAAGAAGCCAUCCGCAACCCCCGCCUCCGGGCUCGAAGGGGGCUCUGCGACGCAAGAUGAGGUUCCUCCCUGCCCUGAUGAUGAGGACAUCUAUCCCGAGGGAGGCAAGAAAGCGUGGCUUUCCGUCCUGGGCUCGUUCUUGGUCUACUUCGCGUCUUUCGGCGUCGUGAACAGCUUCGGUUUCUUCCAGACGUUCUAUCAGCAUGAGUACCUUAGCAACUACUCGCCAUCGACUAUCUCCUUCAUCGGGACGCUGCAGAUCACGUUACUCUACCUGUCGGGAUCGGUCGCUGGCGCGCUCUUCGACCUAUAUGGCCCAAAAUGGCUCUACCUCUUCGCCGCCGUAGGCGUCUCUGGCUCCAUUUUGGCAACGUCCUUUACACAGCGGAAUGAAAUCUGGCAGCAAUUCUUAGCCCAGUCACUGCUGUUCGGUCUUACUGUUGCUUUCGGGGUCCAGCCCGCCCUCACUGUGACCGGCCAGUAUUUCCAUCGACGACGUGGCCUCGUCAUGGGCAUUGUUGCCUCCGGCAGCAGCUUCCCAUGGGCUAUGCGGGUCGGAGCCCUGAUCUUGCUGGUGUGCUACCUGACGGCGAUGGCCGUUUCGUCUUCCAGGCACCCUCGGAGGAAGCUGAAGUCUCUCGGAGAACUGUUUGACUAUAAAGGAUUUCUAGAUAUCCGGUACUCUUGCCUUUCAGCCGGGGCAGUCAUUGCGAACCUGGGAAUCUACGUCCCGUUCUACUAUAUCGAACCUUACUGCGUCACUAUCGAUCCAGACUCAAAGAUUCAGGCUUACCUGCUUCCUCUAAUCAACGCGUCUAGCCUCUUUGGUCGCAUCAUUGGUGGCCAUGCAGCAGACCGCGUAGGAAGACUCAAUUUCCUUUACCCCAUGGUCCUUCUCUGUGGCCUUCUAUGCAUGGCCUCGUGGCUCCCCGCAUCGACCCCUGGUGUUCUUGCCGGGUUCGCAUGCUUGUACGGCUUCGCCUCCGGUGUAUUCAUCUCUGUUUUGCCUGCAGCAACUGGGCAGAUUGUACCCACGGAGAAACUGGGCGCCAGGCUUGGGGCUUUCGGAACUGUCACCGCCGCAGCCAUACUGACGGGCACACCGAUCGCGGGAGCUUUGAUCAAGAGCGAGACUAGAGAGGGAUACUUUCCUCUUAUCAUCUUUGCUGGUUGCACCCUCCUGGGAGGAGGAGCGGUGAUUUUCAUUGCUCGCCUCCUGCAUGACAGAGAUAUCAGAAGCAAGUGGUAA